CAGCAGCAGCGGACUUGGGCUGAGGUUCCCGGGCGGGCGGGCGCCGAGAGACGCGGGAAGCAGGGGCUGGGCGGGGGUCGCGGCGCCGCAGCCAGCGCAGCCAGCCCGAGGGGCCGCCGCCUCCGCCGCCCAGCGCGCUCCGGGGCCGCCGGCCACCUCUAGUACCCGCCACACCGCAGGUUCGGGACCGGCCCCGGCCGCCGCCACCGCGAUGGGUAACGCCGCCGCCGCCAAGAAGGGCAGCGAGCAGGAGAGCGUGAAAGAGUUCUUAGCCAAAGCCAAAGAAGAUUUUCUUAAAAAAUGGGAGAGUCCUGCCCAGAACACAGCCCAGUUGGAUCACUUUGACCGAAUGAAGACCCUUGGCACGGGUUCCUUCGGGAGGGUGAUGCUGGUAAAGCACAAAGAGACUGGAAACCACUACGCCAUGAAGAUUCUUGACAAACAGAAGGUGGUGAAGCUGAAACAGAUUGAGCACACCCUGAACGAAAAACGCAUCCUGCAAGCUGUCAACUUCCCGUUCCUGGUCAAACUUGAGUUCUCCUUCAAGGACAACACAAACUUAUACAUGGUCAUGGAGUACGUGCCUGGCGGGGAGAUGUUCUCCCACUUACGGCGGAUCGGAAGGUUCAGCGAGCCCCACGCCCGUUUCUACGCAGCCCAGAUCGUCCUGACGUUUGAGUACUUGCACUCGCUGGACCUCAUCUACCGGGAUCUAAAGCCGGAAAACCUCCUCAUCGACCAGCAGGGCUACAUUCAGGUGACAGACUUCGGUUUCGCCAAGCGUGUGAAAGGCCGCACCUGGACUUUGUGCGGGACCCCUGAGUACCUGGCCCCUGAGAUUAUCCUGAGCAAAGGUUACAACAAGGCGGUGGACUGGUGGGCCCUUGGGGUCCUGAUCUAUGAGAUGGCUGCUGGCUACCCUCCCUUCUUCGCCGACCAGCCCAUCCAGAUAUACGAGAAGAUCGUCUCUGGGAAGGUGCGGUUCCCAUCCCACUUCAGCUCAGACCUGAAGGAUCUGCUGAGGAACCUUCUGCAGGUGGAUCUCACCAAACGCUUCGGGAACCUCAAGAAUGGGGUCAAUGACAUCAAAAACCACAAGUGGUUUGCCACGACUGACUGGAUCGCCAUCUACCAGAGGAAGGUGGAGGCUCCCUUCAUACCAAAGUUUAAAGGCCCUGGGGACACAAGUAACUUUGACGACUACGAGGAGGAAGAGAUCCGGGUCUCCAUCAAUGAGAAAUGUGGCAAAGAGUUUUCUGAGUUUUAGGGGUGUGUCUGUGCCCCCCUGGGGUUUUUCUUUUUUUUUUUUUUUCCCUUUUUUUUUUUGGUGGGGGGUGGGAGGGUUGGAUUGAACAGCCAGAGGGCCCAGAGUUCCUUGCAUCUAAUUUCACCCCUACCCCACCCUCCAGGGUUAGGGGGAGCAGGAAGCCCAGAUAUUCAGAGGGAUGGAAACACCAGCUACUCUCCCUCGUUCCCUUGGCCUUCCUGCCCUCUCCCCUUCUGUGCCCCCCACCUCAGCCCACUGCUGCCUUUUUUAAAGAGCGUCUGGGCUCCGGUCAGACCUAGUCUUACUAAUGUAUCCAGAUGUAUCCAGGGACAAGGUGAGGAAAGGGGGCCUGAGCUCAACGCCAGUCCCCACCCCGGGCUUCAGGAUGAAAUGCAAGGGCCAGCCUUUCCUUCCCAGCGGUUCUGCCUGGGGAGAUUUUAGCCAUUUACAUUUCAGUGGGCUGCUGGCUACAAUCUUUUUUUUUAAUCUUAUUUAAGUUCCACCAGAACCAACCUCCCUCCAAACUCUGCCCCCACCCCUCUCAGGCCCUUUCCUCACUCUCCAAACCCAUUUUAAAGAGGCUGGGAAGUAAGCUGACUUUGUAAACGAAGGAACUGGGGUGUGAAACCUCCCCCCAGCUGCUAACCUCUGCCCAUUCCCAGGGGGUCCUCUACCAAUCCCAUGGGGGUCUCCAGCCCCCUCCCUCUUCCCCCUCUCUUCACCCUUGGGCCCUAGGAGCAAGACAAAGCAGCUGCCACACACCCAGCCAAAGAGGUGUUCAUUGUCCCCAAAAGAUAAGAGGGGGGAGCCCCCAGCCUAGGGUCUCUCCUCCCAGCAGCAGCGAUCCCCCCAAACUCCUUAAUUUUAUUCAGAUUUUAAUGCCCUCCUCUGCUUAGCUGGGAAGGCCACCUGGGAAAGGACAGAAGCAAGGUCCUCCCACCCUCACUUGAACCCUUGGCCCAGAGUUCAAGGCCAGGGUUGCUGGGGAGGGGCUGCCUGUGUUAUCCAUCCAGCAGCUUCUGCGCCCCCCCUCCCCAAGCAGGGCGCUCCUCUUCUCGCUUUGCUGUCAGCUGUCCAUCACCUCUUCCCACCCCCACUUCCAUCUGAUUUGUGCUUUUUUCUCUUAAUAGCCAGGUGGGGAGCCCGCUGGGGAGCCACCCCAUCCGUCUCUGUAUUUAUCCUUGACAUCCUAACUUCUCCCCCCCUCCACCCCCGAGGAGCUCUCAGGCCUGGGGUGGGGCUCCGGGUGGGCGCAGGGGGUGGGGGGGCCAUUCAACCUGUGUGCUGCGAAGGACGAGACUUCCUCUUGAACAGUGUGCUGUUGUAAACAUAUUUGAAAACUAUUACCAAUAAAGUUUUGUUUAAAAAA